GGAUGUCGCCACUUAAAGUUUAUUUCACCUGCCGACAACCGUCGACUCGAAGGUCACGUGAUUUGGAAUCAUUCUAUCGGUAUUCACGGGUCAUGUCAUCAUUUUUGUGCCAUGGAGAGGGAGUGCGUGUCAAUCAACAUAAGUCCUGUUUUAAAUGACACAAUGGUGUGUGAAUUGAAUGAUGCUGACGCCCUACAGAAUCCAGGUGAUCUUAAGGUGACACCAGGCUGGACCUAUAGGGGAACGGAGGUAAGAAAUAAAAGAUAUUGGAUAUUGCAAUACAUCUUUUUUGUCAUUUCUAGGUAGCAACGUACAUUUCCGAUUCAAGCGGCUGGGCUGUAAACUAAGAUGUAAAGGGCAUUUAAUUAACAAGAAAGGCAUAACGCCAAGAAUCCCUCUAUUUUUAGCACAAAUUUUGUAGCCUGUUAUGCGCGUUUGUUUGUUUGUUGAUUUUGUUAAAUUAGUGUUUAGCUCAAUUCUUCCGUCAACAAAUUUAUAACUCACCGAGCUGCAGUUGAUGCUUUAGUUGCAUAAACAACUGUUUCAAGUUAUCAACAAACGCGGUUCAUACUUAACGACCUUGAAUUUCCUGAAUCUUAUACGUCAAAAUUUCCGUGUUCCUAAAACCCUGACUUUCAAAAUGAGGCCAAGUGCUCAACAUUUCUUGUGAAAAUGAGUUUUAUAUACAUGAGAAUGAAAAGUCAAUUCCAUGUCAAAGGCUGAGCACUUAACCUCGUCUAGAUACAGAGGCCCGAAACUCGGAAAUGGCCUAUAACAAUAUUAUUUGAAAGAAAGAAGACCAUCGCGGUUAUAGACGCAACUUUUGCAGUCGGGAAAAGAAAGCCUGAAAAAAAUUAGGCUUGCACAGGAUUCGAACUUUUGACUUCUACGAUACCGGUGCAGCGCUCUACCAAUUGAGCAAACAAGCCAACUGGUAGCAGGUCGUUGAAUUGGUUCGUUAUAGACCCGUGAAAGGAUGAUGAUGAAGUUUUGAAUAUUUGAAAAUCAUAUACGUGAACUGCGGGGUGAAGAGUUAUACGAAAAUUUUUUCAGGCUUUCUUUUCGCAACUGCAAAACUUGCGUCUAUAAUUGCGAUGAUCUUCUUUCAUAUAAUUCUUCAUCCCGCAGUUCACAUAAUUGUAUGAUUAUCAUAAAUCUAAAACUUCAAUAUUUUUUGUUUAAACAUUUUGGCCGCUUUAAUUUUAAAGAAUUUAUCUUUUCAUUAUACAGAAUAUAUGCUCCAGUAACCCGUGUUUUAACAACGGGCAGUGCCUGAACGGAUUCACUAAUAAGAAAUAUCUCUGCUUGUGUCCAGAGGGUAUUGGUUAUACUGGUGAAAACUGC